AUGAUCAUGGGAACGAUUUUGAAGAAGCUAGGGAUCUGCAGUGAUUUAAGCUUACUGCGAACUGUGCUAGAUGGAAUACCACCAUGGAGAGAUUCAAAGCUUCUUAUCAAAGACCUCCUAGUAGAUGAGGUACCACUGAGGAUUUAUCAGCCUAAAUGGCCACCUGCUGGCAAAAGAAGAGGAAUACUGUAUUUUCAUGGAGGCGCUGGCACAUUUGGGAGCAUUAGAGCCUUUGAAAGAAUAUGCCGCUAUAUUGCCAAAAAAUGCAACUCAGUGGUUGUGUCUGUUGGUUACCGUUUGGCUCCUGAACACCCAUACCCAGGACAAUAUUACGAUUGUCUCAAUGCCACCUUAUACUUUAUGAGGAAUUUAGAAGAGUAUAAUGUGGAUCCUGCUCUCAUCAUCAUUAGCAAAAGAGAUCUCCCAAAAGUACGUGCUCAGGUCUUACUUUAUCCAGGACUACAGGGGCUAGAUUUUCAUUUGCCUUCCUAUCAACAGAAUGCUUCAGUCCCCAUCUUGUUUCGGAAGCUAGUCAUCUACUUCUGUUUUCGUUACCUUAAUAAAGAACCAUCAGGUUUGGAAGAUGUUCUACAAAAUUGCCAUGUUCCUGAGAGUAUGAAACAGAAGUAUAAAAAAUGGAUAAGUGCUGACAUUAUUCCUGAUGAAUUUAAGAUUAGAGGCUACGUACCCCAGAAAUCCACUUCAUUUAAACCUGAGGUCCAUGAAGCAAUCAAAGAAAUUUUAGCAAUAACUUUUUCCCCACUUUUAGCUGAAGACUCCAUUAUUUGCCAGCUUCCUGAAGCCUACAUUGUGACCUGUGAGUUUGAUGUGCUUAGGGAUGAUGGACUGUUAUACAAGAAGCGAUUAGAAGACAAUGGUGUUCAAGUGACCUGGUAUCAUUCUGAGAGUGGUUUCCAUGGAAUUUUAGCCUUUUUUGGCUAUGGGAUUUUUUCCUUUUUGUCUGGAAAAAAGAUAAUGGAUAGCACUGUCAAUUAUAUAAACAGUUUAUAA